AUGGCUUCAGAGUCGCCGCAAAUUGACCAGACCCCGCCACAGACUGGUUCUGGCGACCAUAUCACCACACCAAGCGCGGACGUGGCCAAGAGAAAGGCGGAACAGACCAACGGAACGGGCCACACGCGCGCAAAGCGGAAUCGCUACAUUUCCAUCGCAUGCAACGAAUGCAAGCGCCGCAAAAUUAAGUGCAAUGGCCAGGUACCUUGCCAACGGUGCGGGCAUCUGAAUCUCGAAUGCCGGUAUGCGCCGAACUGCUGCAACAAUAAUUUCAAGGACUCGGAGGAAUUCCGCUCCAUGACAGAUCAGAUCACCACGCUACAGGACCAGGUCAACAGCCUUUUCUCCAGUCUCAAUGACCUUCGCACGCACAGGCCCUCAUUUGAGUCCCCGCCCUUUGACCAGUUCGCCCGCGAUGGCUCACAGUCUGUCUUCACGCCACUGCACACCGGCCUGCCGAAGUCUAGGUCACGCCACCCGCGCUUCCAUGGUCCAACGAGCUCGGCUUUCAACUUCGACGUCGCUAAAUCCAGCCUGCAGAAUAUGGGAAUUACCCCGGCAGAGGAAGUUCUGCCGGACGACUUGACUACUGCGCAUGUCACGCCUUCCGGCUCGCCACCACCCCAACUGGGGACUCUUGUCCCUACUAUGCAUCCGUCCAAGGAUCCAAUCUGGAGUAUUCGACGAGAUGAAGCUAUGCGGUUAUGCAAGGUCUAUGAGGAGGAGAUCGGGAUCAUGUAUCCCGUGGUGGAUAUCAACCAUGUCACCCAUCAGGCUAACCUGUUGUAUACAUUUAUGGAAGCCGCCACACGCACAGGAUUCGCGCAACAGGGUCUCCCGGGAUCCGAUGCCCUCCAUGACGACAGCACAGUUCUUUUGAAAUUGAUCCUAGCUACCACGCUCGUCGUGGAAGCCGGUGGACAAAGUGAGCUUGGCACGCGACUGUACCUCAGCGUCAAACCGGUCAUUGAGUCGAAGCUAUGGGAGCCGCAUGAUAUCAAAAACAUCCAGCUGUUCUCAAUAGUAGCGACCUACCACUUCCACACUGAUGAUGAUGCGAUGGCCUACCGAGUCAUUGGUCUCGCUGCGCGCAUGUGUCUGGAGAUGGGAUUGCACCGUAGAGAUGCUUUGUUGAAAUCAUUCCCGAACGAAGACCAGUGGACGGGUGUGAGCCGGAUCUUCUGGUCGAUUUACAGCUUAGACAGGCGGUGGAGUCUGGGGACAGGACUACCGUUCGUCAUCCAGGAUGAGGAUAUCGACCCCAAUUUGCCGGAGCCGGACAAUUCGCUCCCGUAUCUGCGAUGCAUGAUCUCGUACAAUCGGAUCAGCUCCAAGAUAUGGUAUUCUGGGCUGGGCUCCGAAGGAACGACGGACAUCCGCCGCGACGAGAUUGGUUACCUGGAUUACCAAGUGUUGCAAUGGUACAAGCAAGUGCCAGAUGAUCUCAAGUUCUAUCCUGCGGAAUCGCCCAAGAACAACGAUUCAGUCAGCCGAGGGAUGAGGCGCCUGCGCGUGCUUCUGUACUUACGCAUGAACCAGCUGCGGAUUCUCAUUUAUCGCCCUGUGAUGCAUUCCGCGGCUAGCAUCGCAGAAGAUCGAGGCCACGCACAGACGGUGGUGGACGUUGCCAAGGACACAGUUCGAGUUCUGACUCGCCUGAACCAAAUGUCGGACAUCUACCGGACGCAGCAAAUUACCUUCAACUAUUUCCUGGUUGCGGCAUUGGCGGUGCUUUUCCUUGCCGUGUGCCACGCGCCAUCCGACUUCAACCGGCAGGUUCGCGAUGAGUUCUACAUGGCGCUGGACCUGGUCAAUGGCUUCAGUACCAAGUCAUACGUUUCCAAACGGCUUUGGAAGACUAUCAAGGGGUUACGCAAGAUUGGAGAGAAACUAGGCGUUCUGGCUCGUCCCUUUGGUGGUGACGCCAAUGACCCUCAUUCAACCGCGGCAGUGGCCAUGGCUGGUCUGGCAGGUCACUCGAUCGAGGAUCUGUCCGUGUACGGUCCUAUGAAUGGAGUCAACGAGCUCGGCAACAGCCCACUGAAUGGUCUGCAGAUGAGUCACGAACUGACGAAUCUCUUCGAGGCCGUCGGUGCAUUUGGCAACUUCAUGCCGCCGACCACUGGACCGGAUGGGAUCCAUGGCUUUGUCGGGGCCGAUGGGGAAAUUCAAAACACAGGAGAAGGAUUGUCGGGAGUUUUAGGUGACGAGGGCGAGUUUGCUCGGGUGAUCCGAGACCUGUUUUGA